AUGGCUCUAUUCCUUCAUGGCUUACAAUUUUCACAGACUGCCUAUGCAACCUUCCUCCUUGCACUUUUUGCGGGUGGUGGCUUCUCAGCGCCGAUCAACACUAAAACGUCUCCCAACCCUGCCUUUGAAAUGAGACGAAGACAGUUUCACUUCCUCAACUGCAGCAGCCCCGCUCUCUUCGCUACAUGUGCCAACUAUAAUACCCGAUGCAACAGCGCUGGCUAUGUAAGAACUGAUUACCAAGCGCUUUGUGGCGAACCCAACUGCAAUUGCGUAUAUUAUGGUGGUUGUGAUACAAUCUGUCGGGAGGCACAGGAGGCCAAGGGGGAUCCCAAGUUGGUUGAAGAAGUCAAAAGCGAGGAGAUGGACCAAACGUAA